GCAAACGAAGCUGGCGUCCCUCCUCGGCGCGCUGUCUAGUGGGCGGGAACGCGCUGACUGGGUUAGGCGUUUCGGGCAAUGCAGCAGCUCCGCGACUCGGAGCUGACGCCUAGUCCAUGGAUAGAGUUUGAAAAGGGGGAAGCAUUUCUCUAAUUUGGUGAGAUGGGGGAAAGGAUACCUGAAUUAGCUUUAGCAGAAGAGAAAUGGAGGAACCGUAGAACAUAAGGAUGAAUUCAGGAAGGCCUGAGACCAUGGAAAACUUGCCUGAUCUCUACACUAUUUUCCAAGGAGAGGUUGCUAUGGUGACAGACUAUGGAGCCUUUAUCAAAAUCCCAGGCUGUCGAAAGCAAGGUCUGGUCCAUAGAACUCACAUGUCAUCCUGUCGGGUGGAUAAGCCCUCUGAGAUAGUAGAUGUCGGAGACAAAGUGUGGGUGAAACUUAUUGGCCGAGAGAUGAAAAAUGAUAGGAUAAAAGUAUCCCUCUCCAUGAAAGUUGUCAACCAAGGGACUGGGAAAGACCUUGAUCCCAACAACGUUAUUAUUGAACAAGAAGAGAGGAGGAGGCGGUCCUUCCAGGAUUACACUGGGCAGAAGAUCACCCUCGAGGCUGUCCUUAACACUACCUGCAAGAAGUGUGGCUGUAAAGGCCACUUUGCAAAAGAUUGUUUCAUGCAACCAGGGGGGACCAAAUAUUCUCUGAUACCCGAAGAAGAGGAGGAGAAAGAAGAGGCAAAGUCAGCAGAAUUUGAGAAGCCUGACCCUACAAGGAAUUCAUCCAGAAAAAGAAAGAAGGAAAAGAAGAAAAAGAAGCAUAGAGACAGGAAGUCAUCUGACUCUGACAGCUCAGACUCUGAGAGUGAUACAGGCAAAAGGGCAAGGCACACAUCAAAAGACAGCAAGGCAGCAAAGAAGAAGAAAAAGAAAAAGAAGCAUAAGAAGAAACACAAGGAGUGAGAGUAGAAGAGAAUGGGGGCGGGGGUGGGUGAGAGAAUAUGGAUCCAGGAGCUUUGUGCCUUAAAGCCCUGGCCUGUGGAGAGACUUGCUAGUGAAAAUAUGGCCCCCACCCCAGUGACUUCGCUCCUAUGGGAGAUGGCUUCCCCUCAUGCAGCAGGCAGGUUUGGAAGUUGAGGUCAAAAGCAGCUGCCUGAAUGAGUCUUUCCUUAUUGCACCUGACCCCCUUGCAAGUGACCCCUGCAGCCCACCCAUUCAUUCACCCAACUUCCUUCACUCAGCAGGUGGUCCUUUUACCCAGCCGCCACUGCCACAGCUGGAUUCCAUUGUGGGGAUCCAGGCUAAAGCCACAGGUACUGCUGUGGAGGCGAGCCUGGCUGUUGUUGCAGUGAUUGCCCCUUCCUAUUGGACAGUCUUGGGCCAUGUGGCUCGUGGUCUCUGCCGCACCCCACAGGAGCAGAGGAAGAAUAGCAGUAGGAGGGAGAAUGUGGUAAGAAGUGGUGCUCACUUUUUACAUUCUCUCAACAUGGUUCUACUGUGCUAGAAGUGACAGCCAGUGGCCACAGUCAGAAAACAAGCAUUUGCAGUGUGACUCAUUUUAUGUAUGACAUUCCACCAGACCACUGAACCAGACAUCUGAGGCCAAGAUCAUUGCUGUACUUUCUGUGUAUUACUGUGAGAGUCUGCUGGUUCCACGUCAAGUCUCUGCUUAAACUCCUGGCACUAAAUGGA